AUGAAAAAAUUAAAACAUAAUAUUGUUAAAGAAUUAAAAAUAUCAAAAUAUUUUUCAAUAAGUAUUGAUUCGACGCCAGAUAUUUCGCACGUCGACAAAUUAUCAUUUAUGGUGAGAUAUGUCCUCGAAACAGGUCUUCCUGUAGAACGAUUCUUAUGUUUUGUUUCAAAUCCAGGACAUAAAGCUUUAGAUUUGACUAAUGCCAUUACCAAUACUUUAAAAUCACACGAUAUUGACAUUUCUGACUGUCGAGGGCAAAGCUACGAUAGUCGAUAA